AUGAGACAGUGCUCGCACCACCGGACAGAGCGAGAUGUUUGCGAGUUCGUCAAUGUACCGCCCCGACCUAGCAUUCUCUCGCCCCAGACUCCGUAUUUAUCUUUAGUGAGUAACAGAAAACCAUUUAUAGCCCGUUCACUGCUGGCUUGGGACAGCGAACGGGCGGUUUAACUUGCGCGGCGAUGGUAGGUCAUGGCGGCCAUGCAUGCGCCUUUAAAAAGAACCUCGUUUGAUGAAUUAUUUUUUUUUCAAUUGAAUUUACUUUUUCUUUUAAAUUAGUUUCAUUAAAUUCAGAUUUUCUUUCAGUCACCGAAAUAAAAAAUAAAAAGAAAUAAGUCAAAAAUUCAGCGUUUUGCGGAAGGCGCAUUGAUAGUCGUCAUGAUCUACCAUCUCCGUGCAAGCUAACCCGCUCUUUAGCCAAGCCAGCCGUGAACGGAUCAUAUCUGACGAUAAAUCGUUGUAAGACUAAGUUUUUCUUACUUUGAACUUGGCAUAAAGGAUGUCUGUGAUCGUUAUUUUAUAUUUUAUCGAAACAGACUCCAAAUUAUCAAAAAUAGACGCUGACGUGGAAAUGCCACUUGGCAAUAGAGUGAGAGUAUAUAAAAACUACGCUGAGCUGAACUAGCUAUUGAAACGAAUCGUCAUCAGACCAACUUUGACCAACGUGAGUUUGAAUCUCGGCGGAGGCUUCUGGCUCCUCGAGUAAACACGUAAGCGGAGCACGGCAUUGAUGAAAAGCUUUGAACAUGUGUUUCCGAAAAAUCUCCAUUUUUCUGCGCUCUCUUUGAAAGUUCGCAAAUUCUUUUCGAAUCAUCUGUACGAUUCACAGUAGAGUUCGCAAUUAUUGGAAAAAGCCAUAACCCGAAGAAACCUUAUUUUGCAACAGUCGAACUGGUAAUGGAAAGAAAGGUCAGAGGCGGCCGAUUGGAAAAAAAAAUUUGGAAAAUUCCGCCAUCUGGAAAAUAGAGAGCGGCUUGGAAUUGAUCACCUAAGAAUUGGUUCUGAUUUUGGUUUGGAAAAUCAUGGUUCGAAAAAGGGCGGGCCGCUUUUCUCGACUUGUAAGCAGAUUUAAAAAUGACAAAUCAUUGCAAAGGAGAAGUUUCGUUCAAAAAAAUUUUUAGAAAUCAACGGAAGAAAGUGUACCUUUGGUUCUGAAAGAACGUGCUUUGGUUAGGAAUGAACAUGUUUUUUGUUCGGAAUGAACACAUGAAAAAGUCCCUUUUUGGUUAGGAUGAUUACUCAAUUGGUUCGGAUUGAUUAGGGUCGGAUGAUUGUUGGCCAUAGAAAACCUAAUCAGCUUUAAGAAAAAAAAAAACAGUUUUUCUUUUGUGUUUCUUUCAAUUAUGUUGAUAUUUUUCAGCAUUGGACACUUUGACCAUCAUGAAGUGGAACUGCAUUGAAGGUAUCUUCAUUUUCUAAUUUUUUUUUUAAAACUGAUUCUUUAUAUUUCAGGAAAAUUGAGUCUGAAGCUGUUGCUAAUGAUGGCAAUGCUGAACGCUUUUUCUGCUGGUUUGCUUAUUUUUUCCCUUCAUAAAGUCCAUUCAGAUUUUGAAUGUCAAUAAGAAUGACGUCAUUCGAGAACGCUCUGCGAAUGCCUCGCUUUCUGAUUGGUUUAUCGCGCCAUUAGGGGCGGAGCUUCAGCGAGGACUUGACGUUCGAAAUCUGAAGAGACUAUACUUUUCGUCGAGAAGUUUAGCUUCAUGACUGACGAGGGAUAGAAACCACGUCGCGAUUUUGUAAAAUCGCAAAACGCUACUCCACUUCACUUUAUGAAAAACAAGAAAUACAUAAGUGAGAAUAUUUGUUCUAUAUAUUAAUUCACUCUGAUUGGAAGAAUGCGACGAGCCUGAAAAAAAUUUCUUCACGUUCGAGUUUUUAAUGUGAAGUCUCCAUAAUUCUAUAGAGUUCAUAGGCUUUUUUUCAGUUUGUUUUAUCAUAUUAUAACCCGAAAAAGUUCAGACGUAGUAUCUAAUAAGCUAGGUCAAGAUGACGUCACGAAAUAGAAUUUGCGUUUUUAACUAGAUGUGUCGCUAUGUCUUUGAAAAAAUCGAAGAAUCUUAUUAAGAUAACAUUUUUUUUGUCAUAUUCAGCCAACAGUGAAUAAAAGAUACUGUUGUACUCAAUAUUUAGAAAACCACAUUACGUUCAAGAAAAAAAAAAGUUUCCACAUCCAAUUUUGCUACAGAUUUGGGGAAAAUUUAUACCUUGCUCCACGAAAAGUGCGUUGCUAUUCAUAGAAUCGAAAGAAUAAAUCUUAUUGGAAAAUAAGUUUCAUGAUCAUGAAAGCGUCUAGAUAACGAGCAUUCACUACACCAGCCCUGUUACAAUCAAUGAGAUUCUUCAACUUGCAGAAGAUUGCUGCAAGAGACCCAUGUACGCGUACGGAGAUAAAGAAGGUUUCCCGAUCGAGUGCCAACCAUUAAAAUGUACCGAAGAAGUGAUCUACGCAGAAAAUGCGCGAAGUGGUGAAGAUAUCCACAAGUUUUUGUCUUCGGUUCAAAAAAGCAAUACGAUCACCAUGGUUGGAAACACGACAUCGUACAAUCCUGCCAGACUGGUAGAGAUUGUCCACAAGGGACCGGGUACGUUACAUUUCAUAGUGGAAAAAGGGAAAUACUGGCUAUUCUAAACAACUUUUUGGUUAAACUUUAAACGAAAGUAUAGUUUUUUAUUUGAUUUGGAAUAAGGGAACCUGGGCUUACAUCUCCCUACUGUUUCUAUUGUUCUCUACUAUUUCACUAGACUCCUUUUGCUUCCAUUUUCGGAAAAAUCAUCUUCUGUUUGUAGGUCCAGCAUUGACAUUGAUGAACGUCAAGUUGGUCGAUGAAUCUUUCGCGAAGUUAAAAACGAUCAAAGUGGACGACCUCUCGAAUUAUUGCAACGGCGGUACCGAACUGAUCAAGAUAGAAGGAAAAAUCCCCCAAGUUGUACUCGACCGACUGAACAAAGUGGAAAAUAAGGUAUUCUAGAAUAACGAGGAGAUAAAAAAGUAUAUUUCAGUUUUUCGAAAUUUCCAGCUGAUUUUCCUAAAUUCGUAGAAAGUUUGUCUUGACGCGAAAUGAUUAAAAUAUUUUAUGCUUUUUAUAAAAGUUGCACAAAACAUUUUAGCAGUUUUAUAACUCUCAGAGGAAUCGCAUCAUCAAGCCGAUCGCUUCUAUUGUUUGUAAUAUCCAUCAAGUAGGCUCAAAUUUACAGUCACGAGUAGCCUUCUAAUAUAUUUGUAAGAGGAAAUAUUUUUUUAGAACUAUUAAGAAAAAAAUAUGGUUCAAUAUUCAAACGCUUAUCGUCGGAAAUCAAUCUUCACUGAAAUCAUGGAAAAUUUUCAAAGGAAUUGUAUAUUAAACACUAUAAUAUUUCGUCAAAGGCAUAAUAUCAAAAAAGUUUAGUUUAGAUUUGAAAAGUAAAUGUAAUUGAGCGCUUCUGCAAGAUUAUUUCCCUUUGGACAACCUAGAAGCUUUUUAAGAGCAUGAAUGGUUUCAAAGGAAAACUCCAAAAAAUUCCCAGAAAAAGUAAUCUUGUUUCAGACUCUAGCUGCAUGCAAGUCACUGACGACUACUCAGCCGACGGUUCUCGGCGCCGCCCAGGGCUCCCAGAAUAUUGAUGCUGAGAAAGGUUAUAGCAACAGUGAGUUUGGAGAACAAAAAAACCAAUUGUGGAUUUCAGGGAUAAAAAAAAGAAAGACUCUAAGGUUUGGAAAAAUUAUUUAUCUUAUUUGAAAAAUAGAAAGACUGUAGGUUUAUAAAAAAAUUACAGUGAGAAAAUCUGGAAACCUAGCCUUUUUUAUAUUUCAUCAUUUUUUACGCCAUUGAGUCAAUAGUUUUUCGAUUUUUCGACCAAGUUGGGAAGACUUAUUUCGACUUUUCUUCUCAGACACGCCGCUGUACAUCGCCUGUGCAGUGAUAGUGGUUCUUCUGAUUGUGAGCAUCGUUUCGACGAUCAUCGCUCUCAAGCUCUACUUCUGCCACAAGAAGGACCGUCCCUCAGCUUCCUUAGGUAAUGGCUUUUGAUAGAAAAAAAUUAAGAAUUUUUGGUAGUUGUUCGCUGCCACAAACAAAAACUUGAACUUUAAGUUUCAAAUACAUUUGAUUAUUAAAAAAACUUAUUGGAAAAAUGGAGGUUAUUAGUAGUCAGGAAAUGGGAUUUUUAUUAUAUUUCGUUUUAAUGAAAUUUUUUUGCGAUUGUAGUUUAAGACUUCGAGGCUCUUUUUCUUAAUAUUUUCAAAUUUUUCUGGUCGGUUUUCAGGGGCUUCCGAAAAAGGAGCGCAGAAAAAGGCCGAGACCGCUAAAGAGACGUCCAAAGAGACGAGCCAGGAGAAGAAAUAA